AAUUAAUUUCAGUUUUAUUAUACCAACACCCAUGAAAUAUAUCUCCGAAUAAAUAUCUAUUUUGCCGACCUAAUAUUUCUACUUUGUUGAUAACUGAAGUACCCUCAGAGACCUCAAGUGUCGUUUGAGCCCAAGUUCACUAAAAUAUUUAUUAAUAUUUGCUACCUUGGUAAACUCAUCCGCCCUUUAUUGGAAUAAAUAAUACCUACCUUGCCGGCAGUAAAUUUCAACAAAUAUAAAUUCUCAUAAUUAAACUACAAACUCCUAAUAUAAUUGCCAAAAAAAACGGUAUUACUUUUUUUUCAAGAGCCGAACAUUUUGGAAAUCUGCCAACAUACAUCCCCCGCAUCAAAUACCACCCACUGCGCAUCAAAAUGGCUUCUCAACUUGAUCUAGCAUGGAGUCUCGUUUCGCACAAGAAUAUAGCAGUCUUUCGUGGACUUCUGGGGUAAGGAUGAAAGAGGGGUGUGGGGGGGAGGUUUUCUCUCUAUAGGAGUCGAGUGGUCGGUAGAAUUACUAGCGGGAGUGCUUGACGAUCAGAGUUGAGAGGAGAGUCAGCGGCUAUAAAAAGGGGUAGUAGGGGGCUAGAAGGCACGGGUUUUUUGUUUCUAGAUGAGAGAAGAAGAAGGAAAGGAAGGGGAGGGUUUGGGAAAGUGGGAAAAUGCAGCGGAGGGGCGCGGCUGUCGUCGCUCGUCGGUGAGAAAGAGUCGCACACAGAGGGUGGGACAUAUAUAUACAUAUAUAGAGGGUGAGGCCGUGCGCGCUAUAAGGGUGUCUCUCAACUCUCUCUCUACCAACACCGAGUGAGAGAGAAUCGAUCUAAAACUAGGAGUCGCCGCAGUAACCGCCGGGAGGAAGCCACUGUUACAAUCUGCCCCCAUAUGUGUUAGCAAAAUCUUAGAUCGGGCCAUCGCUCGCGCACCUGGUGGACGCGGUCGCGACGAUGGGAUACACAUUAAGUUCCCUAAACGUCGUCGUCGUCCUGAUUGUGUUCCUUGUACCGGCGCGUUAAUAUCGCUUUUUUCGAAAAAAGCGGCUUCUCUGGACUUUUAUCUCUGGAUGCUGAUGACAAAUGCCUGAAUCGACAGGUUCAAUCCUCGCCGACAUGAACGAAUCCUUGGACCCAUUCGCAUGAGCGUUCGUGGGACGAUCCCUUACCUGCAGGGAUAUGACGUAAUGGCAAGAGAGGAGUUACGAAGCAAGAGACCUUUUAAGAUAUGGGACAGCUGGCGUAACGUAAGGAAAGGAUUGGUUGUUAGCAAUUUUGAAGAAUUGGUACAUCGAGGUAAAGAAAAAUUGGGAGUUCCACAGAACGAGAGUGUAUCGUUGGUGCUUGAAUCGGACGGAACUCAAGUUGAAGACGGGGAUUAUUUCAAGACCCUAGCAAAUAAUACAAUACUGCUUUUGCUGCGUCAUGGAGAACGCUGGUGUCCCACCGGCGUUGACAUCAUACGCGCCGCAAUUUCAGCGAUUCCGAAAAUAGUGUGCGAGACAAUUCACGCAUUGGAGUUACAUGAUGAGACGCCCUCGUGGAAGAUUAUGGACAAUAAGGGACGAGUUACAGUGGUGUUGCACUGGGAUCAGCGUUCGACGCAGGUGCAACAGUCAAAAAGUCAGGACUCCCAGAGCUCCAAGUACUCACCAACGAAGAAGGUGGACCUUAAUUCGUCACAGCGUCCCUCGUUAGUGAUUCAAACGAGUCUCGAUAAGCUCAACUAUGGAAAAUCGAGCCAACAAGUUGAGCUUGGCCCUCGCUACAGUAGUCCGCAAAUCACUGUGAUAAAUCAUGAUGAUAUGGUACAGAAGAGUUUUACUAGUCCGAGUAAUAGUUCCUACGGUCCCAUUGUCGCUUCUAGUUCGAUAUCGUCGUCACACAUGCCCGGACGGCUCGUGAAGCAGGGCACCAACUCCUUCGAAAGUACCACCAUUCAUAUCCACACACCCGAGUGCUCCAAUCACAUUCAUCAACCCGUCACACGUAAUGGAAGUCCCGUUAAUGGAGCCGAUGGCGGACCGAAUAUUGAAUGCGAUUUUCAUUGUUGCGCCCUUCACGAAGAGGGUCGGAGAAUCGCUGUUCAUAAAUCGGUCGCAACAUCACCAAUUCAAGACGCUCAACAUCAACAUCAUCAUCUUCAACAGCAGACCCAAACCCAAACACCAUCACCCCAACCUCCUUCUUCACUAUCCGACAGCACAAGACGACCGGCAACUGUAAAAGGUCACGUGAGAUUUAGAGACAUUGCCGAUGAGGAAAACGCUCGUCAUGGAGCGUCAGGACCCUUUCACAUCCAUCAUCAUCGAAAUCAUCAUCAAGAGGCCCACGAGAGUUCCGAGUCUGAGACCGAGAACACAAUCAUGGAGGAUGAGAUUGUCACCUCGGAGAAAUUUCUCCUUCUAAUUGAUCAGCUCACCGUGGACCAGAAACAUCAUCUCAGCAUUAAAGACAUUGGAAUAAUUCUCGAAAGACUCAGCUCAAAGAUACUAGACGUUGAACGACUUGAUCGUGAGAGCGAGAGCGAGGAAUGCUAUAAUUGGACCAUCAAGGCAAUUAUACGAGGUGAUGUCCUUCGCGAAUUGGGAGUUAUUUACAAUGGGAAUUAUUACGCAAUCUCGGAACAUCCCGGCUAUAAAGAGGAGUCGGAGGAAAAUAACGAAGAUAACGAGGAGGAAGAGGAGGACAGACUUUAAUAAUGCUGUUUAUUAGAUAGAUAGAUUAUAUACUUAUUAAUGGUUAUUAUUAACAUAGUACGUAAAAAAGCGAGAGGCAGAAUUUGGAAAAUUCAGAACGAUAGCGAGAAAGAAAGAGAGAGAGAGAGACUUUUUCAAAAUGUUUUCAUAAUAAAAAUGCAUCAUAUACGAUAAAAAUACAUCUAUAAACCUAGUUCUAUAAAGACGGUUGUUGAAAUGUACUUAUUAUUGAAUAGUAUAUAUACUUGUAGGAAAACAUUGGGAUACGGAUCAUCUCCGUAACCGUCCGCAACACACUGCCCUAUCAAAAAAAAAAAGAAGACGCAAUCUUCUUUCCUUUUUUUCGGUUCAUCGUUCCUUUUGUUUCUUAAUUCGACGAAUGAUAGUGAGUGGUGUUUAGUGAAACGGUGAAAAAUAAAACGCGAGACGUUUACUUUAACCCAAUAUCGAAUCAACGGACGAUAAUUAGAUAACAUAAGACACAAAAUGUGUCAUCGAUGAUACCAUCGGAUCAAAGUACUUUACAAGUGUAUUCUAAAUACGAAAAAAAAAAUACAUCGGCAAAGUGUGUUCAUGACUUCUCAUUUUUUCACGGCUAACACUCCCCAUCCCUGGUGCUACUAGCGAGCAAAAAAAGAGGCAGUAAAUAUAUAACACGUGACAAAUCUAGAGUUCUUAUAAUAAUGGACAACUUCGAGAAUUUCAGAUAAAACAAAAUGGCGGGUAAUGAAAAAAAAGAUGUAUUCUAGGAUUGUGUGGCACGAUUUUUAUGCAGUUGAGUUGUUUACAGAAUUUUCAGAAUGCGGAAUCAAUAAGUUGAUAUUCAAUUUCAAUUUUCAUUGAGAUAAUAGGGUCAUAUUUUACAUGAAAUUAAAUUUUUUUUUUGAUAUACGAGUAUUGUAAUUUUUAAAAACAAGAAACGACAUUUGUGACGUCAGGCAAAAACUUUUCUGUCUUUAGGUUGGUUUCCAUUGUUUUAACUCGACAAAAUCUCCAUUUAUCAUAAUUGUCGUCAACUACCGCAUCCUGCUCUAGUGAAGAUAUAGUGACUAUAUUGUUAAAAUUAAAAGUUACUAAAUUUUUACUAGAGCAGGGUGCGGUAGUUGUCGAGAAUUAUGACAAAUGGUGAUUUUAGCGAGUGGGGAUAAUGGAAACCAACUUUUAUAAAGGCCAGGUCCUUGUUAGGCAGCGCCAUCUACGUCGAAACUCAUGCAUACUCUACCUCAUGCAGAAACAUUUUGCCGUUUACACUUCAAUGAAAUCUAGUGAAUAUUUAGUAACUUUCUAGUUAUAACCGAAAUUUUUUGGAAAAUUACUAGAAUGUUACUAAACAUUCACUAGAUUUCAUCAAAGUGUGAACGGCCAAAACCGUAACCUAAAAUUUCGGAAAAUUUUUAGCAGAACUUACUUGAAAACAAGAAAAUAAAAUGCUUUGUACUUUAGGAUAAUUGAUUUACUGACAAAAAAUACAUCAACUAAAACUUUUUUUAAGUUGAAAUAAUGAAAAAAAAAUUAAUGUCGAUAAAUUAAAUAUGAGCAUUUUUUUACGAAAACUGUAACAUCACUUUUUUUUUAUUUUAACUCAAAAAAAGUUUUAGCCGCUGCAUUUUUUGCCAAUAAUGAAUUAUUCUAAAGGACGAAGCAUUUAAUUUUUUUUUGUUUUUGAGUAAGUUCAGUUAAAAAUUUUAGGUUGGUUUUUAUUGUCCUCACUCGCUAUUUGUCAUUAUUCUCGUCAACUACCUCACCCUGCUCUGGUGAAAAUUUAGUAACUUUAUAGUAACUUUUAGUUUUAACAAUAAAGUCACUAAAUUUUUGCACUAGAGCAGGGUGCGGUAGUUGACGAGAAUUAUGACAAAUGGCGAUUUUGGCGAGUGGGAACAAAUGAAUUCCAACUUUUAGUUUCGAUGUAGAUGGCGCUGGUUUACAAAGACCUGGAAAUAAGGUCAAUGCAAAAUAGGUUCGUGAAAAUAGUUCAAACGAGAUGCAUGAGAUAGAAAAGGACACACCUAACACAAAAAGUGAUUCCAUAGUGGAAAUUUUUUAAUUUAAUUCAUCAAAAAAAUCUCAACUUCAAUUAAUAAUUUUCAUUAUUAAAAAACACGAAAUUUUAAGGUUAAAAUUUAGUUUUAUAAUAAUGAAAUUAAUAAAAUGAAUUAUCAAUUAACGGCUACAAAAAUUUUUCUUCUAUUAUUAUAAAGCAUUAAAAUAUGCUAAUGCUGAUUUUAAACGUUUUAGAAGUUACAAUUGUCAACCUAACCUCACUUUUGCGUUUAAGUGUCAGUUAAAUAGGUUCACUGAUCACUUCAUCUGGCCAAUAGAUAAUUUUCUGAUAAAUCACAUUUAAAAUUAGUGCUAUUUAAAGGUGGAUCAACACAAAAAUAUUCUAUCCAAAGAUUUUAUUUAUUGGUGCAUUAUAACUGCAUUUACUGUUAGUUUUUUUUAUAUUUUCAGAUAUCAGAAAGCGCUAUUUGCAGUUUCUGGGAGGUUUGUUUUCAUUGUCCCCACUCGGCAUUUGUCAUAAUUCUCGUCAACUACCGCACCCUGCUGUAGUAAAAUUUUAGUAACUUUAUUGUUAAAAUUAAAAGUUACUAUAAAGUUACUUAAUGUCACUAAAUGUAAAUGAAAAUUUAGUGACUUUAUUGUAAAAAUUAAAAGUUACUAUAAAGUUACUAAAUCUAACUAAAUGUAAAUUUAGUUCCUUUAUUGUUAAAAGUAAAAGUUACUAUAAAGUUACUAAAUUUUCACUAGAGCAGGGUGCGGUAGUUGACGAGAAUUAUUACAAUUGGUGAGUGGAGAUUUUGUCGAAUGGGCACAAUGGAAACUAAUUGGGAAAUUAUUGAAAGCUUAAAAGUCGUGUGUAAACACCUUUAAUGUACUUGAAGAUGUAAGGCUGUGUUUACAAAACUGCGUUUGAUACAAAAGAAAAAGACGGAUACUCUCAUCUUUGUUCCACUUAUUACUCAAGAAAAUACGCAGUUUAUAAACGCAUUCUUGUAAAUACACAUUCAAUGGCAGAAAGGCGGGAAAUUUAAAUUACAAUAUUGAAAAAAUACACAUAAAAUUGAAAGUAAUUUUUUUUUUUCUAAGAUUUAAAACAAAUUUUAUAAAGUACCAUACGUAAAAUGAAAGAUUCCACGUUCUGGGAAUUCUGCUUGUUUAUAUGACCGUUAAAGUUGGAAAGUUUAAAAAAUGGCAGAUCCAAUAUAUUAUAAAUGGAUCAAGAUAUCGAAAUAACACAUGAGCGAUUUUUAUGGAACUCUGCGUGCAGGAGUGUUUUAAAAACUGUUAAAAAUGAAUUCGAAGUGAAAUAUGACAAAAUUUUAAAUAUGGCAGGUCCAAUGCGGCGAGAGCAUAAAACUCGAUAGAUUUUUUAUGGGAACUUUGUAUUUAAAAAACUUUCGUGUGUUGUUAAACGCGCAAAAUGUUUGUAUUAUUAUUAUUAUUAUUAUUAUUGUAGGAACUCUAGCCGAAUCGGUAGUAGUCAAUUUCAUCGAAGUAAUUCUAUUUAGAUGCUUUUGAUGAUGAUUGGUCGGCAAAUUUUUUUGAUUGGUUAUUAAAAAAAAAAAAUCUGUGUAAUAUUUUUGUUGACCAAUCGGAUUUGCGCGGAUGGAAAAAAAAGUGUUAAAAGCAAUUCUUAUUGGUUAGACAAAGUUUCUAGAAAAGUGUUAUUAAAAAAAAAAAAUGAUAUUUAAGAAUUACGUGAAACACAAGAAUCGACUCGGAUUGAUUAUAAUCUUCCGAAUCUUAAAAAUACACCGUUUUCAGCAUCUCGUUAACCGACCUUUUCUACUUUAGCAUACAUAAUACGUAUUAUAUAUACUUUUCGCCGAAUCGAAGCGUCUUUUUACCACUUUUUCAUUGACAAAAAAAAAUCACUGUGCCAAAUAUCUUAAAAAAAAAAAACCAAAUAAUUGUCUUCCAAUAUGACAACUGUAUGGGGUCAAAGAAUGUUCGAUAACACUGCCAAAAAAAAAUCUUGUAUUGAGCUCAGAAACGAAUUUCGAUAUUUAUUAAAAAAAAAAAAAAAAUUAGAAAUCAAAAACCGUUGUUGAGAAACAAUUUUUGGUGGCGAGAAAAAAUUUCUAUUAUAUAGUCAUUUUUUUGUCUUGUACUGAAAAAAUUUUCUUGCUACCUCACGCUCAUUACAUACGGCUUCUGGUGCUCUACUUUUAGAUUCUUAUAUCGUUUGUACCCCAGUGGUGGUCAAAUUUGUUGACAAUCAAUAAAAAAAAAACAUUAAUAAAAUUUUAUCUCUAAACCUCGCUUUUUUCGCUUCUGCGAGAAUUUGUUCCUCCCAUGCGUAAUUAAAUAUGAUGAACUUUUGUCAUAUAAUUUUUUUUUUAGAUGUAUAUUUUGUUAUACAAAGUGUAUACAACUUCAAAAAUUACGCUAAAGAAUUUAAAUAUAAUUUUAAAUAUUUAUAUAAAUGGAAAAUAUAUUAAAAUAUCGAUAAAUUGGUGAUAUUUGAUGGAAUUUUUGAAAAGUCGUGAUACUUCUAUAAUAAUUUUAUUAGUUAGUGGCGAAUACAAGCGUACGCCAUAAACUAAUAAAAUUAUUAUAGAAGUGUCACGACUUUUUAAAAUAUCUUUUAACCGGAAGAACUUGUCGAUAUUUAUACAGUUGGUUUCCAUUGUUCCCAGAAGACAUUUGUCAUAAUUCUCGUCAACUACCGCACCCUGCUCUAGUACAAAUUUAGUGAUUUUAUUUUUGAAAUUAAAAAUUACAAUAAAAUCACUAAAUUUUCAUUCUCGUCAACUACCGCACCCUGCCCUAUUAAAAAUUUAGUAACUUUUAAUUUUAACAAUAAAGUCACUAAAUUUUUACUAGAGCAAGGUGAGGAAGUUGAUGAGAAUGGAAAUUUAGUGAUUUUAUAGUAACUUUUAAUUUUAAAAAUAAAGUUCCUACAUUUUUACUAGAGCAGGGAGCGGUAGUUGACGAGAAUUAUGACAAAUAGCGAGUGGGGACAAUGGAAACUAACCUUACAUCGAUAUAUUUUAGAACCUGACAAGUAUCAAAGCUGUUAAGUUUCAGGAUGCAAUGAAAGCACUAAAAACAAUCGAUAGAAUCCGAUAAAUAUUUAUAGAAUCUGAUUCGCACUGAUUCAAUUAAUUUUAGAAAUUUAAUUAAAUUGAAUAAAUCAGAUUCAAAGAUAAUUCUGAAAUUGGUUUUUAAUCGGUUCCUAUCGAUUUUUUUUUAAAUGGGCUUGUUUCUUAUUUUGAGGUGGAGGAAAAUUUAUCGUUAAAAUACGCUAGGAAUAGAUUUGAGAACUUUGUAUUUGCAAAUGCGAAAAGCAUGAUAUGAAAAGGAGGAAAAAAUUUUAUCCUUUUCAAUCCUCUUGAAAAAAAAAAUAAUCCGCAUAGAAACCAAUAGAACUUUGAAUUGGUCUGAAUAAGUGGCAAUCAGGGUAAUUUUUUUCAUCAAUCCGUUUCUAUAGGAUUCAAUAAGGGCACUGAAAGUUGAAUCGUUUUUUAUUGGAUCCAAUCGGAUGCAAUGUAUACGAAAUGUAAAUUUUUUUUUAUACACCAAAUUGCAUCCAUCCGGUUUGACGGCAUUUUGAAAAGUCGUGACACUUCUAUAAUAAUUUUAUUAGUUCGUGGCUUGGUUAUAUUGUACGUCAUGGACUAAAAAAAUUAUUAUAGAAGUGUCAGGAGUUUUCCAAAUGUCGUCAAAUUGGAAAAGGCCUGAGCAGAAUAGAAACGUAACAGGAAUCAUAAUCGUAAACGCAACCGGAAGAAUAAGUUAGAGAAGGACAAAAAAUAUACCUAUCCUUCUCUAACUCAUUCUUCCGGUUGCGUUUGCGAUUACGAUUCCGGUUACGUUUCUAUUCUGCUCAGGCCUAAAGAAAAAAAGGCAAGAUUGUAACAUAACCUCAAAACUAAAAAAUGGAUUUUAACGCUCUAUAUGAAAAUGCAUGACACAAUAAAAUAUCAUAAAAAUUUAGUGACUUUAUAGUAACUUUUAAUUUUAACUAUAAAAUCACUAAAUUUUCACUAGAACAGGGUGUGGUAGGGUUGGUUUCUAUUGUCUCCACUUGUCAAAAUCCCCACUCGCCAUUUGUCAUAAUUCUCGUCAACUACCGCACCCUGCUUUAGUGAAAAUUUGGUGACUUUAUUGUUAAAAGUAAAAGGAACUAUAAAGUUACUAAAUUUUUCCUAGAGCAGAGUGCGGUAGUUGACGAGAAUUAUGACAAAUGGCGAGUAGAGACAAUGGAAACCGUAGAACAGGGUUGUGAAACUCAAAAGUUGUACACAGGGAUGUGUUGCUAAAUGACAAAACAUCCCAAAUGUUACAUAAGUUAAAAGUAUAUAACCAGAUCUUCCAAAAAUUAUUUGAAAUUAAAUGAUAUCCACUCGAUUGGAACCAAUUGCGAGCGAUUUAAUUUUUAAUCGGGUUAGACCCUUUUCAGAAACAAUUCAAAUCAAUUCAAAAUUUAAAAUAAUUUAAAAAUUCUCUGAAUUUAUUCCUUAGAUCUAAUUUUCCCCUCUUUCAAAACAUGGAUAUCAUUUUAGCAAAAAAUUCACGAAAUUUUAAUUCUUUAUUGCAGGUUCUAUUGUAUAUUAUUCAAAAAUUUUAAUUGCUCUCGACAAACCUCUUUGGCAUAAAGUUUGAGGUUAUGUGUUCUGUUGUGAAUUGUAUAAAGAAUUUAUUACAAUAAAAAAAAAGCAUUGCAUAUAAUAUUGUUUCGCGUGUAAUAAUCGUUUUUGUUAUCUAUAUGUUUAGGCAACAAAAAAAAAAGACAAUGUACAAUCAUAAAUUAUAACUUUACAUUUUUCUCACGCCGAAUGGAAAUAGAAGCGGAUAAUUCGAUUCUUAUCGAGGUUAUGAAAAAUGUUCUUGGAUAUAUGAAAACCAAGUUAUAUUGUAUGACAAGAAAGCCGAGGAAACAUCUAUCAAAAUUGUGCGAGCGAUAAACGAAGCUAGACAAAAAAUAAAAUUAACGACAUUGUAAA